AAACUGAUAAUUUACUUUUUCCUUUAUAGAGUGGAAAACCACCCAUCAAUGAUAUGUUCACAGACCUCAAAGAUGGAAGGAAGCUCCUGGAUCUGCUGGAAGGCCUCACAGGAACAUCACUGCCAAAGGAACGUGGUUCCACAAGGGUCCAUGCUUUAAACAAUGUCAACAGAGUGCUGCAGGUUUUACAUCAGGACAACGUAGAUUUAGUGAAUAUAGGAGGAACUGACAUUGUAGAUGGAAAUCACAAACUGACUUUGGGAUUACUUUGGAGCAUCAUUUUGCACUGGCAGGUAAAAGACGUCAUGAAAGAUGUCAUGUCAGACCUUCAACAGACAAACAGUGAGAAGAUCCUACUGAGCUGGGUGCGCCAGUCUACUAGGCCAUACAGCCAGGUCAACGUCCUCAACUUCACCACCAGCUGGACAGAUGGACUUGCCUUUAAUGCUGUGCUCCAUCAACACAGACCUGAUCUCUUCAGCUGGGAUAGAGUUGUCAAAAUGUCCCCAAUUGAGAGACUUGAACAUGCCUUCGGCAAAGCUCAAACUUAUUUGGGAAUUGAAAAGCUGUUAGAUCCUGAAGAUGUUGCUGUUCAGCUUCCGGACAAGAAAUCCAUAAUUAUGUAUUUAACAUCUCUCUUUGAAGUGCUUCCUCAGCAAGUCACUCUAGAUGCCAUCCGUGAAGUAGAGACACUCCCAAGGAAAUAUAAGAAAGAAUGUGAAGAAGGAGAGAUUAGUUUACAGAGCUCAGUGCUGGAGGAGGAGCAUGAGAGCCCUGGAGCAGAAACCCCCAGCACUGUUGCCGAGGUUGACAUGGAUCUGGACAGCUACCAGAUAGCGCUGGAGGAAGUGCUGACCUGGUUGCUUUCCGCCGAGGACACUUUCCAGGAGCAGGAGGACAUUGCUGAUGAUGUGGAAGAAGUCAAAGACCAGUUUGCUACCCAUGAAGCUUUUAUGAUGGAGCUGACUGCACACCAGAGCAGUGUGGGGAGUGUCCUACAGGCAGGAAACCAGCUGAUAACACAAGGAACUCUGUCAGAUGAAGAGGAGUUUGAGAUUCAGGAACAAAUGACCCUGCUAAAUGCUAGAUGGGAGGCACUUAGGGUGGAUAGUAUGGACAGACAGUCCCGGCUGCACGAUGUGUUGAUGGAACUGCAAAAGAGACAGUUGGAGCAGCUCUCCGCCUGGUUAACGCUCACAGAGGAACGCAUCCAAAAGAUGGAAACUUGCCCCCUGGAUGACGAUUUAAAAUCCUUACAAAAGCUGCUAGAAGAUCAUAAAUGUUUGCAAAAUGAUCUUGAGGCUGAACAGGUGAAGGUAAAUUCACUAACGCACAUGGUGGUGAUUGUUGAUGAAAACAGUGGUGAGAGCACCGCUGCUCUUCUCGAAGAUCAGUUACAGAAACUUGGUGAACGCUGGACAGCAGUGUGCCGUUGGACUGAGGAACGUUGGAAUAGGUUACAAGAAAUCAAUAUAUUGUGGCAGGAAUUAUUGGAAGAACAGGUAUGAAACUGUUAUCCAUAAUGGGCAAGACAGAUGGUGAAAAGUAACCUAUCUUUAAUGUUGGCAUUAUGAUAAACUUGUCUUGUUUACUUUCCUUUGAAAGGAAUAUACACAAUGUUUAUUAUUUUCAAAAUCAGAUUUCUAUGCAUUUUAUAACUAACUGAUCAAGUAGCUUAUUCAUUGAAAUCGCGUUAUAUGGCUUCAUUGUAGUAACACUUAAUUUGAUGUGUUCAUUAUUUAGAAUGUUAGUAUUUAGACAUUCUACUUUCAUGAUUAUGUUUUUUUAUUGUAUUUGUGUUGGGUAUUGUGUUUGAACUUGUAUCAACAUUGUAGUGCCUAGUAAAUAAUGCAUAAAUUAAUCCACUCAAUGCUUUGUGAAUUUUAAAUCACAGUUUUUCUUGAUUUUUAACCAGAAUAACUGCUGAAAUUAACAAGAAAAUAUUAUUUAGCAACACCAUUAAUUUAAUACUGGAUCAGUACUGUAUUUUUUCCAAUAAGGAUUACUAUGGCAAAUGAACUUUUGGCACAAAGCUGCCACUUAAAGUUUUCAGUCAGAAGGGUGGCCCUUUGCCUACCCUCCAUCCUUCCAGAAGAGCAACCAUCAAAACAGAAUACAAAUAAGCAAAACUUUUCUCCCAAAGUGUCAGACAUUUGUGGUUUUAGAAAAUAGGCAGAUACUUUAUUCCCACAUUUCAGUGUCCAUUUAGUUCUUUUAAAUGCAUUUCCAUCCACAAAAAGCGACUAUAUUCUUUUCAAGGGAUAAAAACAAGUGUAUGAUGUUUUGUGGUUUACUAAAUAUGGUGGCAGAGAGAACAUCUUAAAAAGUAGGUUGCAAAAUUUGUCCCAGUAGAAAUUAUCAAUCACUACCUCUUGCCCCCAGUCUUUGGCCAGAAUUUUCUUAUUAAGAAUCCUUUGAUGGAUCUUAUUCUGACUUCUGAAAUAUUUACAUUUCACUUUAUAAAUGUUUAUAUUUACUUGGACCCUUGUAUUCAGGCCAAAGAGUCACAGAGAAUAAUUAACUUUUACUUCAGUAAUGACAGUAGGAGACAUUGAUUGCUAGAGAAAACCAUCGUGUUACUCUUCUACUAAGUAAAAUAAUUUAAAAUUCAGAAAUACUUUCAAUUUGGUAAUUAAAAAAUAUUUUAAAAAUAGGGACUGACUAGUAUUUUGGCCACUUGUAUUACUUCCGAUUUAAGACUAAUCUUUGAGUGGAUUUCUGCUAGUGUUAGGGAUGGAAGAAUCUUGUUAAGAUGUAGAAUUGGA